CGACAAGGAGCGCCAGAGGCUGCACCAGGCGCUGCAGGAGGUCCUUGAGUCUGAGGGGGCAGCAGCGGCAGCUGCUGCUGCUGCUGCACCAGCAGCAGCAUCAGCACCAGCAGCAACAUCAGCACCAGCAGCAGCAGGAAUAACCCCCCCGGGCGUAGCGCCAAAUCCAGGACAUGAGAACAACCAACAGCAGCGGCAGCACAAUCAUCAUCAGCAACAGCAGCAGCACCAGCAGCAACAACAGCAGCAACAACAGCAACAACAGCAGCAAUCAGCCCUCGAACGAACAAAGGAAGCGAACAGGGAGAAGGCGGGCAAGGCUUUGUUAUCUGUUUUAACUGGAGGUGUACCUAUACCCAGUGACUUUGAGAAGUCGUAUAAUGCUGCUAAGGGAGACAACGCCCGACAUUCUGCUGCACCAACAGCAGCAGCAACAGCAGCAACAGCCGCAUCUGCAGCAGCAGCAGAGGACGAGGGUGCUGGGCCUCUUAGGACAAGAAGUCUCCCCUCCUGUAGUGAUGGGGGGAAUACAAUCAUUAAUUUGCUGCGGCAGCAGCAACACCAGCAGCACCAGCAGCAGCAACAACAACAGCAGCAGCACCAUCAAAAUAUGCCACAAUUGCAGAGACAACGGAAGCAGCAGCAACAACAGCAACAACAGCAGCAGCAGCAGCACACAGGUGCCCCAAGUGCAGGUGAUGGUAUGGGCUCUAAGCGGGAGGACGACUACCGCCGCAGGCCACCAACAGCAGCAGCAUUAGCAGCAGGAGAGGCUGCAGCAGCAUUAGCAGCAGCAGCUCGUCCUCCAACAGCAGCAUCAGCACCAGCAGCAGUUUACCCAGGGGAGUUUUGUAGUCGUUCUCUCCUACAGAUGAUAACUCGGGAUACUACAGCGGGCCAAGCAGCCGCGCGGGAGAGAGCAGCUGCAGCAGAAGCAGCAGCAGCAGCAGCAAGGCCUGAAGAGGAAACCGUCAUUGUGUCUCGUGCUGCACUUAAACAGGCAAUUGCUGCUGCGAUGCAAAGCGAUGAAUUCGAGGAGUUGGUGUGGAGGCAGCUGCAGCAGCAGCAGCGGCUACGGCAGCAGCAGCAGCUGCUGCAGCAAGGUAUCGCCCAGAGGCCGGGAGGCGGCAGAAAGUGA